AAGAAUUAUCUUGCAGAGGACGAGAGGUGCAAUGUAAAUUUCACUUGUAUUAAUGUUAUGCUGGAGGCUCUUGGGGUGUACUAUACUGCUGGAAAUGCCUAUUUUUAGGAAGCAGUAGACUUGGAAGAGUGUUCCGGCAUUGACAGGGGACAUAGAAGAGUUCAAGUAUCCUUCAUAAGUUUAAGCUAAUCUAACAUAAUCUCCUUUCAUUUUUACAUUUCAUUAUUACAGUAAUAAUAGUUACAAACAUGAGAGUUUCUUCCAUUAGUUUAUCUCUGAUACUAAUCCUGAUUGUUAGGAAUGCCUUCAUGUCAACGGGUCAGAGUACUGGUGGGUCACCGCCACCAGCAAACCAAACAACUACAGCUGCGGCACCACCACCAGCAAACCAAACAACAACAGCAACCGCGGGUAGGGAACUAAGGAUUGCGGUUCCAGUGAGUACCUACAAAGAGUUUGUAAGCAUCACCACUGAUCCUCUUACUAAGAAACAGAAGAUUGAUGGCUUUUCGAUUCAAGUCUUUGAGGCUGUCGUUAAUACAGCUUUGAGCAGUCCCUUUGAUUAUAAGCUGAUCCCUUUUUCUAAGCCGGAUGGAACAUUUAACGGAAGCUUUGAUGACAUGCUUAAAGCAGUCAAUAAUCAGGAAUAUGAUGGGGCUGUUGGAGAUACAACAAUCAGAUAUGAUAGGUCGCAGUGGGUUGAUUUUACUCUGCCUUAUUCAGACACAGGAAUAACAAUGAUGGUUUCUACAAAGCAGCAACACCAUAAAAGCACCGGAAUCAAGUUGAUGCCUCUGAUCAAGGGUUUGGUGUCUGCUGCACUUGCCUUUUGCUUUGUUAGUGCUCUCAUCUUUUGGUUCGUGGAAUUUAGAAAUGACAAAAGUAGACAGUCACAAGCACCAUUAGGUACCAACCCACCAGGACAACGUUCAAAUAACGAUGACUAUUGGCGGAGGGAAACAUUGAGAGCAAUAAUACAUACAAGGCUUGUGAUUGUACUGUGUUUUCUAGUGUUGUUGUUCUUGACUUCCUGUUAUGCCGCCAGCUUGACUUCAUUGCUGACAGCACAGCGGCAAAGAAGUUCAGUCAAAACAAUAGAUGAGCUCAUACGAAGAAGAGAAAAUGUAGGGAAUCAAAAAGGAUCUUUUGUCCCUCGCUUGCUAAUUCAAAGAGGGUUUUCAGAAAGUCAAAUUCUUACCUAUGAUACAGAACAGGAAAUGAUUGAUAUGCUGGCUAAGGGAACUGUUGCUGCUGUUAUUGACGAAACUCCAUAUCUCAAAGUUUUCCUCUCUAAGAACUGCAAUAAGGGCUAUAAUCUUGUCCCUUCCUUCGAUCUUCAUGCAGAGGGAUUUGGUUUUGCUUUCCAAAAAGGAUCUACCUUGGUACAAGAUAUGUCAAAGGGAAUAUUAAAGUUAUUGGACAACGGUGUAUUAGCAGAUAUUCAACAGAGAACAAUCGGUAAUCUUGAAGCAUGUGAAAAUGAACCAGAUGUAGCUGAUCUUGAUGCCAAUGUAUUGGACUUCGAUACUCUAUGGAUCUUGUUUGCCGGGGCAAUAGGUGUUAUAAUUUUGGUGAUCAUCUUGUAUAUGGUCUACUUAGGAACCACCUGUGAUACUGUUAGAAGAAGAGUUGCCUUUCCAUGCUACCUACUGCCGCGUUACCAAGAAAGGAAGAGUUAGUCUGCCUAAUUGAGCUGCCUGAAUAGAAAUUCCUACUGAAGAUCUAUACAGCAUCAGAGUGUCCUUAAAUUAGUUACUGAAGGUCUAUGCGUCUGUGCGUUUUGUGUGAUGGAUGAGUGAUUUAUUUUGUAAGUCUGAUGAGGUUAUAUGUUUACAGUAUGAUGUGUAAUGUCAACCAAUAGCUAGACACCUAUGUCAAUUGUGCAAGUAAUUUUCCAUUCUUUUUUUGGUUUUGAGAAACUAAUUGUAACUGUGAAUUAAGUAUAUACAAGUAUCAUCCAAAAAUUCCUGCAGUAAAACUGAAAUCAAGUAUAUAUACAAGCAUCAUCCAAACAUAAUUACUGUAAAACUGAAGA